UCAUCAAGGUUGGAAGGACACGCCCUUAACUUUGGCAGCGGUGCAGUAGGUGCACGUGCCGCUCCUCAGUCUCUGUGUGAAGAGCAAGCAGCAGCAGCCACACAGCAGGGUGUCUUCUACUACAACAGGGGGCUUCCUCUCUGCUGUUCUCCUCCUUCCUUUUUUUUUUUUGGUGCAUCUGCCUUUAAAACCAAGCGUGAGCUGUAUCCACCUCCCUUGUGGUCCGGAGAGACUGGGGAAUCCACCUGCAGGAGAGCAGACACACCUCGGGAUGGAUGCCCUCAAAUCCGCCGGCAGAGCGAUUAUCAAGAGCCCCGGAGUCCCGCGGCACACAUGGGGAACUUCAAAGCACGAAAAGCUGCCGGAGAACUGGACGGACACAAAGGAGACCCUGCUGGAGGGGAUGGUGUUCAACGUCAAGUACCUGGGAAUGACUCUGGUGGGCCAGCCCAAAGGAGAGGACAUGGCCUCUGCUGCCAUCCGCAGAAUUGUUUCCACGGCCAGAGCCAGCGCCAAGAAGUUUCGGAAAGUAACUCUGACAGUGUCCCCUAAAGGCAUCAUCAUCACAGACGCAGAGACGGCAGACCUCAUAGAAAACGUCUCCAUAUACAGAAUCUCGUACUGCACGGCCGAUAAAACUCAGGAUAAGGUGUUUGCGUACGUCUCCCAGAGUCAGUUCAAUGAGACGCUGGAGUGUCACGCGUAUCUGUGCCAGAAGAAGAAGAUCGCUCAGGCUGUGACAUUAACCGUAGCUCAGGCCUUUAAGGUCGCCCUCGAUCUUUGGGAGAUCGCUCAGGAAGACAAAAGCAAGAAGGCCAGGACCUGCUGUUCAUGUGCCACAAGCAACGGACAGACGGAGACAUCAGGCACUCCGUGUGUUUCUGCAGAUCCAGAAACACACAAGCCUGUCGGGAUGGAGGAGAAGCUGCGGAGGCCCUUCUUCUCCGCCUCACUCAGCUCGCCCUCACCUCGCAGUAACCCGACCAGAAGGCGACCAAUCAAACACGACUCAUGGGACGUGGAUGAUGGACUCGAAGAUGCCUUCUCAAGACUGGCCGAGUCCCGCUCCGAACCCGUCUCUGACAAUGCAGCUCUGAGCCCCCCGGAGCUCUUCAAUCACGAUGUUUUGUCCGUCUGCAGCAAAGAGUCGGAAUAACACAAGCCAGCACCACAAAAGUUAGUGAGAAAUCUAGCACAGGUCCCAAGAUCAACAAAAAAAGAAUCACAAAAAACUGCACUGAACGCUGGAACAGAGAGGAAUACACAUCACGCUCCCCCGAUGCACAAACCUGAACCUGAGAGGCUGUUUGAUAUUCUGUGGCUGCUGCAGAGGAGCCCGAAUGGAAACCCUGAUAUUAUAAACUGCUUUCUCUGUGAAUGUCUGCCCGUCAACACACACAUUCAGCUCAGUGUAAACAGCCAUCUUCUGCCAUUUCCACAACCCCACACACUGCUCGAUGAGAAACGAUGUCUUCUAAGUGUGACAACACGACAGCACGGCACGAAAAAUGACAUAUUUCUACUGCAACGCGUGAAGAUCAGGAGGAAUGCCAAGUAUGGGUCCCUCAGUGUUUGUCAGAAUACUAAGUACAUGGAUGACACUUGUAAAUCAGGAUGAAGAGUCUCUCCACAUAUGUGUGUAAAUAAGGCCGUCAUCUCCUUCUAACAGCUGCUGGUCAUUGGAAGACGUCCAGUGUUUGGUGUCAUCUGCAAAAACAGUAAAAAUUUGAAUCAUACGUUA